GGGCAUCCGUCGACUCCGCACCCAAAGUAGGAAUCGUGAUUCAGCGUGUGGAAGACCUCUCAACUGCAGCAGCGCUUGCCAGCAGUACCUGUCGUUUUGGGCAUAAGGGGUGUCGUUGUCACCUGAUAUCGAAUCCGGUGUUAGCGAGACAGCAGCAUGAAGCGAGUGUGAUGUGUGCGCGAGUGACGGAAGCUGCAGGUGAGGAAGUGGUAGGACCUGCUUCUAUGCCGGAAGAUGAACAGAUAGAGGAUGAGGAUGUACCUCUCGUCGAUGAAGGAGAAGAAAAAGUCGACAUUGUUGAAGAUGAUCCAGAACCACCUCCACCAGAUGACGUUGCUGUGGAAGAUGAAGAAGCAUAUGUGCAGAACGAAGAAGAAGACGAAGACCAGGCUCCACCGUCUCCUGUCGACGACUACGACCCCGAUCCAGACACGGUCAAAAUAGACCCAGAAGAACUCGAUGUUGUCGACUUCUACCUCCAAACCAAGCGCGACGAAGACCACAAAUUGCGUCGUGGUAAAGCUGCGAAUCCUGCGCCACCACGACUACCUACACGGCAAUCCGUCCAAUACCAGGUGCACAUGCGCACAUUGAGACGAAGACAACAAGGUGAGAAGGCAGGUUUCGUCUCUUUCUCACCAAGAUUCGAAGAGGGUGAUGCUGCUACACCAGCGACGUUUCAAGAGCCGCCUGAGGCAAGGGAAGAAUAUCGUCACAUUAUAGGGGAUUCCACAAGGUUUCGGAAACGAGCGUCCAAAGCUCAAGAUUGGGCCAAUGCAAGAAAAAGCGCUUUUGCAGCAGCCGCAAGACGGAGACUGAACAUAACCAUGAAGAAACUUGAGAUGGCACCUUUGGGGGGAGGAGAACCCACAGGAGAUCAUACGCCCCGUUCAGUCGAUAAGGAGAAUAAACAAAGAAACGUCGACAACGUUGUUUACAACGGAGAUUUCACCAGCUUCAAAACAACAAAUACAUUCGCUUCUGAGAGAAGCGAGUGUGAGUAUAGCCGCGUUGCCCAUAGCGCCACAUCAGGUUCUUCGAGAAAACAUUUCUUACCGAGAUCAGCACCGCCUACUAGAACGAGGAGUCCAGAGAUAGGUUUCGGAAGUAGUUUUUCCAGCCGCCGCAAUGUGGAAGCGCUUGCGUUCGCCUCAUCCCUGUUGCCAGACUUCAAACCGUUGGGUAGAAACUUGGGUGGAGGGUUGCGUGCUGGUGUGGACAAGCCUAAAAUGUUUAAAUAGCUGCAUUAACAGGUUUUGAAAAUUUUGAGCCAGUGAAUAUUAUGUUUGACUUUUGAUAAUGCAUCAUCUUCCGCAGGCACAGACAAACGAAGUUUUCCAAUCUUAGAAUUAGACAACGAAGUUCAAUUUUCUCGUAGACAAAGCCAGUCGACAAAGGUGAUAUGCACAGUGCUGUCUUUCGUAACACAUCCGACAAAAAAGACAAUCCUUUUCCUCACUAAGACAAUAGACUAUGUAACUUCCUCAUCAAGACAAUAGACUAUCUUCUAAUACUUCUCCUAUUCCGUCUGACGCGGAGCUCGAGUUCCUCAUCAAUGCGCCUAGAAGAGUGUGGCCCUAGAGAAACGAUGUACCUAGUUGUGCAGAGUUUGUAGUUGAACUUGAGUUUCCUUUUCCAUUAUAAUUCUCAUCACGGUCCAAUUUUAGGGCAUGAUACAAAAACCACCCAGGUAGCAAACGAGGUGACUUCAGCACGAGGGUGUUGCUGAACUGUAACUUAGC